AUGACAGUACAAUUUUCAAUAACUCAAGAUUAAAAGCACAAUUUGAAGAGGGAAGAUUUACAGAUGGUUUACUUUUGGGAGAUUCCGGUUAUGCCUUAAGAAAAUAUUUGAUGACACCAUUACAUAAUCCAAUUCUUCCAGAAGAAAAUCUGUACAAUGAGUCUCACAUUCGUACAAGAAAUGUAGUGGAGAGGUCGUAUGGAAUGUGGAAGAGAAGAUUUCCCAUAUUACGCUUGGAGAUGCGGUUGAAAAUGGAAACAAUCCAAACAAUAAUUGUAGCCACUGCAGUAUUAAACAAUAUUGCCAUAGAUAUGAGGGACGAGGAACCUGAGGAAGAAAUUACUGUAGAUGAUGACGAAGGUCCUAAUGCAGAUGAAGAAAUCUUUCAACCCGCUAAUAAUACUGGAGCAGCAGUUAGACAAAAUUUAAUUCAGUAUUUUUCCACAUUGUUAUAA